AUGUGGUUUCUGAUAUUUGUGGUGUGUCUCCUAAUUUGGGCUAGUGGAACGUAUUGGUACCUGUUCGGUAAGCCAAGUCCAUUUACACUGGAGUCCUUGAGGCCCCCAGGACCUUAUGAGAUGGACCAGAGGAAAAGAGACAAGGUGUUAAAACAAGGAUUUACAAGGGAGAGGGUUCCAGCGAAUCUGGAUGCCAUUGUAAUUGGAAGUGGGAUUGGAGGAAUGACGGCCGCAGCCACACUGGCCAAAGUGGGGAAGAAGGUCCUAGUCUUGGAGCAGCAUGACAUGGCAGGGGGCUGCUGCCACACUUACACUGAGAAGGGCUUUGAGUUUGAUGUUGGACUUCACUACAUCGGUCAGCUCCAUGAGAACAGUCUGUUCAGGAUCAUUAUGGACCAGAUCACUGAGGGCCAGCUGGAGUUUGUUAAGCUCGAUCAGCAUUUUGACAGUAUUGUGAUUGGUUUUGGAGAGGAACAGAGAGAAUACAGCAUCUACACCGGCAAGACUGAGAUGGAGCAGCACAUGAAGAAGCAGUUUCCAGAUGAUGUUAAAGCUGUGGAGGAGUUCUUUAAGAUCAUGAAGAUCACAGCCAGAAAGACUCAUUACUUGGCCACCCUAAAGCUUAUUCCACAGUGGUUGGCUCUGUUCCUGCUCAAGAGUGGCAUCGCUGACCUCUGCUCAUCCAUCUUUCGCCUCUCAGGCUCCAGUGCCACAGAUGUCAACAACAGACUGACGAGUAACAAGGAUUUGCAUUUGAUCUUCUCAUAUUUCUUCUAUGGUGUUCCUCCUAAAGACUCCAGCUGUAUGAUCAAUGCACUGCUGCUGCACCACUACAAGCGUGGUGCAUACUACCCCAAAGGGGGCGCCAGUGAGAUCCCAUUCCACAUCACUAAAGUCAUACAGAAAUAUGGGGGUAAUGUGCUGGUCCGUGCUCCUGUCAACCGUAUCCUGGUUGAUGAAAAAGGAGCUGCAUAUGGAGUGACAGUCAGAAAAGGUGAUGAGGAUGUGGAGGUGCGAGCACCUGUGAUCAUCUCCAACUGUGGAAUCUUGACCACCUUCCAGAAGCUCUUACCUAAAGAGAUACAAGUCAAGCCAGAGAUCCAGAAUCGUCUGGAUGUGAUGAAGCCCGGGAAAGGGUCAUUUCUCCUGUUCUCAGGAUUUGAUGCGACACAGGAAGAGCUGGGCAUCGUGUCCACCAACUUCUGGCUCUUUAAAUCCAAUGACAUGGAUAGCAUGAUGGAUGAUUUCUUCAGUAUGGGUAAGGAUGAGGCACCAGACAAUAUUCCCAUGAUGUUCAUUACUUUUCCCUCAGCCAAAGACCCCACAUCACAGACCCGUCAUCCAGGCAAGUCAUGUAUGACCAUACUGACUAUGGUCAAUUAUGAAUGGUUUGAAGAGUGGAAGGACACUACAGUAAGAAAAAGAGGAGAUGAUUAUUUUAACUAUAAGAUGAGAUUUGCCAAUAACGUCUUUGACUGGGCCUGCAGCCACUUCCCCAAACUCAGAGAAAAGCUGGUUUUUCAGGAGGCUGCAACUCCUCUUACAAACACACACUACCUCGGCUCUCAGAGGGGUGCCAUGUACUCCGCUGAACACAACUUGGACCGCUUCUAUGCAGAGGCCAUUGCUCGAAAUAGAUGCGAUACCCCCAUCAAAAACCUUUACUUGUCAGGUCAGGAUGUGUUUAGCUGUGGAAUUGCAGGUGCAUUGCACGGAGGCCUCCUCUGUGCAUCCACAGUUCUAAAUCACAUUGUGUACAUCGACCUCUUGUUUGUCAAGAAAAAACUGAAGUGGAAGAAAGCAAAAGAAAUGGCCAGACUGGCCAAGCAGAAGCUGCAGUGA